AUCCGGCUCGAGCAGAGACACGGCAGGAGGAGAAAUCAGAAUAUAAACUCAGGAUUCGUGUUGAGUGGAGUUUCUGUGGUUCGGCCUGAUUAAUGUUACAUACUGAAGAGCUUUAACUGUUUAUUUAUAGUAGAUCUGUUUAAAUAAGUGGAUCUAUUUUAGUCAGUCUGAUCUGAGCUAACAGGCUAAUGCUAAGCUAGCAGCAGUGUGAGUGAGUGCGCGCGCGCUGUAUCCGCUCCACUGUGUUUAUGAUCAGUGAUUAAAUCUGAGAUUCAUUUUACUGCAAUCAGAAUAUUUAUCUCAUAUUCAUCAGAAUAUUUAUCUCAUAUUCAUCAAGUUUAAUCUCACAUCAGAGUGUGUGUGAUGAUGGCGAGUUCAGCUCUGUACGCCUGUACCAAGUGUAACCAGCGCUACCCAUUCGAGGAGCUCUCUCAGGGACAACAGCUCUGUAAGGAGUGUCGGAUCGCUCAUCCCAUAGUGAAGUGCACCUACUGCAGGACAGAGUUCCAACAGGAGAGCAAAACCAACACCAUCUGCAAGAAAUGUGCACAGAACGUUAAACAGUUCGGCACUCCAAAGCCAUGUCAGUACUGUAACAUCAUCGCGGCGUUCAUCGGCACAAAGUGUCAGCGCUGCACCAACUCAGAGAAGAAGUACGGCCCACCUCAGACCUGCGAGCAGUGUAAACAACAGUGUGCUUUCGACAGGAAGGAGGAAGGACGCCGAAAGGUGGAUGGGAAGUUGCUGUGCUGGUUGUGCACUCUCUCGUACAGGAGGGUUUUACAGAAAACUAAAGAACAGCGUAAAGGUCUCGGCUCGACUCAUUCCAACUCAUCACUCAGUGAGAAAGAACAUCGACAUCAUCACCGACACAGCAGCUCCCAUCACAAAUUGAGAAGCAGUUUGAGUCCGGAGCAGGAGCAGCGUCUGUGGGAGCAGAGCCAUAAAUCAUCUUCAUCCAUCCAGAAGGAGACACCAAAGAAGAAACCCAAACUGGAGCUGAAACCCUCUAAUGGAGACAGCAGCUCUAUUGCUCAGUCUAUGGACUCAGGUGGAACUGAUAAUUUCAUCCUGAUCAGCCAGUUGAAAGAGGAAGUGAUGUCACUGAAGAGACUGCUGCAGCAGAGAGACCAGACCAUCCUGGAGAAGGACAGGAAGUUGACGGAGCUGAAAGCUGAUUUUCAGUAUCAGGAGUCAAACAUGCGCCAGAAGAUGAACAACAUGGAGAAAGCACACAAAGAGUCCUUGGAACAACAACAGACUAAGAACCGAGAGCUGUUGAAGCAGGUUGCUGCUCUCUCUAAAGGAAAGAAACUCGACCGUACCAGCUCCUCACUCCUGUCACCAUGACAACGACAACAAUCUCUAACCUCCUCCAUAUGCAUCUCAUCACUGUGAGGAAGCUGAGGCCACACCCGUGACCCGCCCGCCCUCCCACACUGUCCUCCCAGCUGUCUCACAUCUUUCUCCUCCUUGCUUUAAUAAAUCAUUCUUUACAUGAGCUGCCUCGUUUCCUCUGUCCCUCCCUUUCUGUCUGUUUCUCCAUCAUGGUGUUGAAACUGAUGUCUGACCACCAUUGUGGAAUAAUUGGGCAGUUUUGAUCAUGUGACUGGUAAGACUGCAGUUGGACACACCGGCGUUCAGGCAGGAUUCAGACGUCCUGUCACUGUGUCUCACAGCUACUGGACUUUAAUCACCACUCUUAUAACCAGGAUUUUAUUAUACUGCUCUGUGUGUGUGUGUGUGUGUGUGUGUGAGUGUGUGUGUGUGUGUGUGUGAGAGUGUGAGUGAGUGAGUGAGUGAGUGAGAGGAAUCAUUAUUUACAUUAUUCGAACCUUUUAAAUGAUUUUAUCUUGUUUUAAAUUUUUUGCUCUUUUUUUCUCUGUAUAAUGAAACUGUUUGUACUGUGUUGAAACUUUUGUACUUUUUAUUUUGUCCUCCACCGCGCGGACGAUCAGGAACAAUAAAUCGACUAAAUCCUGAA